AUGUAAUAGAAAAAAUAUUUCAGUAAUGUAGAUUCAUUUUUAAACUCUUCACUUUAAUUUCAUUAGUUUCUCCAUAUUGCUCUGAGUUUAAAUUAAAUUGGCGAUGAAGAUAUUUCAGGCUUAGGUUCUGCAUUAGCAAAUUGCACUAACCUCUCAAAUUUGACUCUUGAUCUAGCUGAUAAUUUAAUUGGAGAUGUAGGUGUAUCAGUCUUAGGCUCUGCUUUAACAAAUUGUACUAACCUCUCAAAUCUGACACUCAAUCUUGGUUACAAUAAAAUUGGUGCAAUUGGCGUAUCAGGAUUAGGCUCUGCUUUAGCAAAUUGCACUAAUAUCUCAAAUUUGACACUUGAUCUUUGUGGAAAUAAAAUUGGUGAUGAAAGUACAUCAGUCUUAGAUUUUACUUUAGUAAAUUGCAUUUAUCUCUCUAAUUUAACACUUUUUAUUAGUAGUAAUAAAAUUGGUUCAAUUAAUGCUUAAAGCUUUGGUUCUGCUUUAGUUAAUUAUGCUUAUCUCUCAAAUUUGACACUUGAUCUUAGUUAUAAUUAAAUUGGUGAUGCUGGUGCAUCAAGCUUAAGUUCUGCUUUAGCAAAUUGCACUAAUCUCUCAAAUUUAACACUGGAUCUAAGUUUGAAUAAAAUUGGCUCAAUAGGUGUAUAAGACUUAGGUUUUGCUUUAGCAAAUUGCCCUAAUCUCUCAAAUUUGGCACUUUAUCUUUUUGGAAAUGAAAUGAAUGGAUCAUAAUAAUUGAAAGUUGAAAACAAGUGUCUUAAAUCAAAAAGAUUAGUAGCCUUUUAAAUAUAUUUCGAAUUGUGA